AUGGAGGAAGCGCCGACGACAUCUCUAUCCACCAGCGAUACUAACAUCAGUCCUCCAAGCAAUACACAGGAGGCCAACGACAUGACUUCCGACCACGCGACCUUCGCCUCAACAUGGAAGACCGACAACCUCGAAACAUCUUUCGCGCCCUCCAAUCUACCUCUCUCCAAGGUACAACGCGCAUGGGAUCGUCGUCCACAGUCGCCAUUCUCGAGGACGAAAGUGCGAUUUGGAAAAGUAUGGAAGAGAAACACCAACCCUGGGGGUCCGUCCAAUGCGCCUUCUGGCUUGUUCGGUGGCGCAUUCAAUUUCGAGAUGAUAGGCAGAGACAGCCCAGUCAAAGCAGUCAAAAAGAUGCGCACUGGCGAAGAUGGAAGUGAACUAGUCAGAGAUUGGGACGGCCGAGGAAGUCCCAGGGCCAGGAGGAUAGUAACGCGAUCCUCCAACGAUCAAGAGCUGCUGGAGCUUCCCGAGGGAGAACAUGAGGAAGAGGCUGUCGCUGAUUGUAGCGGUAAUGCUGAUAUUGAGGUCGAAGAAGAAGAGGAGGUAUCCAGGAUUGAAAUCUCUUAUGAGGAUGGCAGGACUGAAGAGGUGGAGGACCAAGCCGUCUUGGCGCAAGAAGAUUGGGAGGACGAAAGCAUGACUGAAGAAGAUGUCGAUGGCUGGGAGCGUUUCGCAGAGCUCGAGAGAUUGCGCCGCGAGCAAGAAGGGCACGCACAGAGUGCCGAAGUCGAGCAGGUGGAAAAGAACGGCGCGCCUUUGCCUAUGGACGAGUUGGAGGCUUCAUUGCAGCCGGCGGCGUUGGACUCUGCGCUUGUCGAGACGCCAGAUGCAAUCGAUCCGCAAGAGUUUGAUUCCUCUGAGAUCGUCGUGACCCAGCCUGCGAGGAGAUCAACCAAUGACUCUGCCGAGAAACAGCCAGAGCCCGUUGAGACAGCACAACCUAGUGCAAUUCCAGAAGGCUUCGUAUCGCCAGUCAAGUUGCAGCGCCGGCGGCCUAUCAGUCAAGUUCGACAGGCCAAAGCGAACCGUCGGAGAACGUUGCCUGUCAGUUUCGCAGCUCAAGACUCAUCCAACGGGCAGUCUGAUUUAACGAAUGUUGCUGCGGUGACAGAAGCGUCUGCAAGUGAUGUCGAACAGACCACAGUAGCAGCUGCUGCCGUUGAAAAACAGGCGAGCGAGCCGACGGAGGACGUGUGUGUUCAAAUUGAGGCCGAAGCAUCAAAUGAGGGCCCUGUGCCCGAGAACUCGAUUCCUGACGAAGGACACUGGGAAGACAUGGAUGAAGAGGUCGCAACGGAGCCAUCGCAUUGUCGAGAUGUGACACCCGAGCCGGUCAACGAGGAAGAAUGGAUUCCCACCGUGGAGAAUACCCCGACUGGAUCACCCGGUCCUCAGGUUGAAAUCAACCCGACCGUGACGAGACUGGCUGAACAACUAGGCUCGCCCAGCAAGCUUCCGUCGAGUCCAGUAGGGAGUAUUACUGGCCCGCACCCGAGACUGCCUCUUCGAAGGUCACCGCGACGAAAAUCAUCUAGCCCGCUGAAACAGAGCAGCAUCGAGCCAUCAUCAGAGAAGUCUCACCUCGUGGCAUUUACUCCAAUCAAGCUUCCCGGCUCACUGGCUGAAGUAGACGAUGACGGAUUGCCAGCUUCGCCUUUUCCGACCGGCACUGCUCGCUCAGCAGAUUCAGUCAUGGAGGAUGCGUCCAUGCCACAGCGCUCCUCGUCGGCACCACCAGAAGAGCCCCAGAUGUCGCCCCACAAACCUGGCUACCCUCGUCUCUCAGACGACACUGCGAUCCUGCAAGCUUUCUUGAACCGCGCGGCCGAAAGUAAGAAUGGUAAGCGCGUUUCGCUGACAGCCAAGCGGGAGUCGCUUGAGAAUCGUCGCGAAUCAGACAAUGUUCGACAAGCGCUGGCUAGUCCCGCAGAUAAGGUGACCCCCGUGGAUGUGCUUGGAGAUUUGGAUCCUAACAGCCCAUCUCCCCGAAAGCAGACCCACGCUACGGGAUCAUCGGAUGCCCAGCAGAAGAGAGCGCUGGCGCAAGACGAAGACGAAUUGUUACAAGAUGUCCCUUCGCCAACCAAGAAGACAUCUCGUCGGAGUGGUCGAUCGAAAAGGAAGCCAGAGACACUUGCUGUGACCACUUAUGCUGGUCCUACUAGAAUUUCAGUUCGGGGCAGUGCAGAGUCAGUGGUGCUCAAGAAAUCAGAGGCUCAGGAGACGGCUCAAUUGACUAGGAUCAACACUCGCAAGAACAAAGGGGCCGCUGUUCUACCUCCUCUUCGGCUCAUUAGGAUGGCCAAGGAUAGUAGCAAUGACAGUGUUGAGGAUGUUCAAGAAGGUGAUGCGGAGGUGGAAAGGCCUACUAAGAUCAAGUGGUCUGAGACUCUGGUGGCUUUCUCGCAAGACCCUAGCGAGCCAGAGGUUUCCAUGCUCACAGACGAGCUACACGGCCCCGAGCCAACGCCAGAGCCAUCAUCAGGAAAACCCGAUCCCGACAUGAUCGGCGUGGUCACUGCUGUACCAGCAAGCGGGACGCCAAGCAAGCCUAAGUUACGACGACUCAAGCCGCCAAGGACGGCAUCUACUCCAGCGAAGGCUCCCGCAUCAACGGAUGUGGCGGCAGACGUGACUUCGAAUGGUGUGAUAACUGACUUCAAGUCCAAACCAGCGGCCAAUACGCGAAAACGGUCUCGCAUCGCCACACCAGCUAAGCCGAAAGGCGGAGAGGCUGCCUCAGUACUCUCGGAUGAUGUUCUCACAGAAGGGGCGCCUCCGAAAAGGACAAUUGCUACUCCAACGGCAACCAGGAACCUGAAGACCACUCCAGCAGUCUCUAAGCUGCGCGCGCCCGCACCAGUCUCGGCCGGUCUUUCGCAGGGCAAAGAAAACACGUUGAUCGCGUCGCCACCGAAGAAGAGAGCCAGAGCACCUCCAUCCACGGCUGCCACUAAAGGCUUCGCUCCGAAAUUGGACCUUAAGAAAACUGUCAGCGUGGCAUCAAAGUCCGGAGAGGGCUCCAAAGAGAACGCUGUGCCGGGUAUCGCUAGUCCGGCGAAAAAGGGAUUGAGGCCGAAUAGCUUUGGUUUGAAAGAGGGCGAACAAGCGGCGAAGCAGGAGAUGCCACCAAGCUUGGGUAGUCCGGCGAAGAAGAGGACGAGGAGACAAGUUGAUUGA